UUCUUGUAGUGUUCAGUAGCGAUUUGAAUGAUUAGCCGGUAUUUGAUGAAACAAGUGAUAGAGUUUGUUUGCUUAUUACGAAAAAUGUGCAAGAAUAGGUGACAAUAAAUGAGAAGAGUGAAAUUAGAAGUUGAAAAAGGCGGUGGCGAGUACGAAUCUUGGAUCGUCCGCUACCCGGUAGUGCCCGAGAGAAGCAGCCAGAGACGCUUGACAGAUCAACAUUGAAAAGGUAACGUCAGGUGCAACAUAUUCACAAUGAUGGAUGCAUCAAUGGAAACGGAGGAGAUUGUAAUAGAAAAGCCCCCGGUCACAGUUCCCGUUGUUAGAGUUCCUGUCAAGCACACGAACCUGGGAAUACGGAGUCAUGCCAUGGAUAUGAGCACAAUGGUCGAACUGACGUCCUUUAGUUCUCUCGGUAAAAUUCAACCCUUCCUUGUAACUUUGUCAACGACAGCUGCACUUAUUGUUGACCUGCAUUGUCAUCUCAGAGACAAGGAGGUCUGUGGAUACCUGGGGGGACACUGGGACAUCAAUGCCCAUAAUUUGACAAUAAAUUAUGCCUUUCCCUGUCGAUGCCAUGGUAAAGAUAAAGCGGCGGCUGCGGCAGCUGAAGCAGAGAUUGCGAGAGCAAUGGAAUGGAAGCAACUGACUCUAGUAGGUUGGUAUCAUUCCCAUCCCAGGACCCAUGCUUCUCCGUCGCUGCGAGAUGUCGAUUCUCAGCUUGAUUAUCAAAUUAAAAUGAAGGGCCUAAGCGACAACAGCUACACGCCUUGUGUCGGAUUAAUUUGCUCUCCCUAUAACACUGACAACAACUGCUAUGAGUCGAAUUUCAAUUUCUUCUGGUCACUACCUCCUCCAGAAAACCGACCUCACGAAUACCCCAGACCCAUAUUGUUGAGCUACACAUUAUCACAGGAACAAUUCCUCUCCCAAGAAGCCAUUGACGAAAUUAAAAAAUGCGUCGAAUAUUAUAAAAAUGAAAACUGUAUCGACUUCAAAGCAAUCUUCAAUGGCAAUGUAACGUACCUUGAAAAAUUGAAGAGCUCUUUGGCUUCUAAGCUUCCAAGGAAUCAGUCCAACGGAUCUUACUGGGAUGCCAUCAGAGAAAUUGUUGCUCCUGGUAUGGAGGACCCACCUUCGUCGUCGCAGCCACCAGUCACUAGCAUAGCCAGUGGUUCUGAUAUGUUUUCUAAUGCCAAGUUUCCUCUGGUUCCUGAUCAGAUUGGACGCUCUGGAUUGAAUCCGAACAACCUUUUCCUUGCUCCGGUAAACUUUAAACUAGACUCUACGGUUUCAAUAUUAAAACCUUUCAACGUCCCAUCAACGUCAAAAGACAAAAACGAUGGUACCGAUGUGAGUAAGGCACAGAAGUUCGAUCUGCAGAUGCCGGACUUGAAUUUGAGCACGAAACAUAAAUUGCCUACCGAAUUCACGUCAGGUGAGCUGACGGUUUCGGUAAAAAACGCGAAACCUGAAUAUGAAUUUUCCACAGCUGAUUUUUCAAAAGUUUCGAAUCUUCUGGGAAGCGACCUGUCGUCGAACAACCCCAGCAAAACUAGACCCGAUUUUCCUUUAGCCGAUAUAUCGCAGCUCAGUAAAUUUUCGGAUUUGUCCAAGCUGGCCAAUUUUUCUACCGGUGACCUCGCAAAGCUCUCGGGUUUUUCGAUCAAUGAUAUCGCAAAAACUUCACCAGCCUAUGCCUGCAAUUUGGCAAAUCUGUUCACACCUUUACAGCAAGCCAGCAAAGGUCAAGACGUUACUUUAAUCGACGUUAAAAAACCAACAGAUUUUCCCAUAUCCGAUUUUAUAACGCCAGAGAUUACGUACAAGUCCUCAGAAAUUGGCAAGGGACCCAUAGCGCUCACUCCGAUAUCAGAUCCAAAAUCUUCUGGAGAAUAUUCUGGUGAUCAAAAGAAACUCAAUGAGAUAAAUGAGCCCUCGAAACCCAGAUCUGAUUACUCAGUGGACGAGGUUUCAAUUCCGAACUUUAAGCCUGAAUUUGGUAUGAUAGACAUGACAGUACAUGGCAUGAAGCAUGCCGCCAAGCAGAAUGAGUGUCCAGAUUCGUUGAAUUUAUCAAAGGAUCACCACUCAGGGAAAUGAAAAAGAUUUUUGCUAUGAAAAAUUGAACUGAAAAUUCAUUCUCAGGACUUAAGGGUGUUUUGAUAUUGGUAAACGUUAAGAAUAAAUUAACUUAUGUGAAAAAAAA